AACCACUAAUAUCCAACCCUCAUAUAUUCAACCCUUCAUCACCAACACUUAUUUCAAACAAAACCAAAUCCUAAACCAAACCAAUAAUUAACAAUGGCUACAUCUUCAAUUUCAAUGUCUUUACCACUACCCCAAGCCACACACAAAAACCUCACAACACCCUUCUCAAAACCCUUACCCUUUCCACAAGCAAAGAAGACACUAGUCAACAAUUCAACUUCAAAAUCCAAUCUUGUUGGAAUUCAAGCAUCAUUGAAAGACCAAACAGUGAAGGGUCUAACAGCUUUUGCGUUGACAGCUUCUAUGGUCAUUCCAGAUGUUGCCCAUGCAGCUGGAAAUGACUUUUCACCUUCUCUUAAGAACUUUUUACUUAGCAUUGCUGCUGGUGGUGUUGUUCUUACAGCUAUUUUAGGUGCUGUUAUUGGUGUUUCCAACUUUGAUCCUGUUAAGAGAACUUAAUUAAUUCAACUAUGUUGUCUCAAUCUUAAAAUUUACAUUUUGUGCUUCUUGUAAUUUAUGUGUAAUUGUUUCUAAUACAAGAAGAAUCAUACCCACCAUAGUUGUGUAA